AUGCUGGACUUCGUCAUUCAGGCGCCUACCAAUGCGUGGGGCUACAUAGUUCACUCGCCACAGAGCCGCCGGACGCUGUGGUUCGGCUCCGUGAUGCACAUCUGGAGCGACCUUCACUUCGCGCUGAUGUUUCCGCUGCUGCCUCUCAUCCAGAGCGAUAUGGGGCUGUCGUUCACGCAGGUGGGAAUACUGCGUGCGACAUAUAGCGGGGCCUCGGCGGUGCUGCAGAUACCCGCGGGCUUUCUCGCGGAGAAUAUGGGCGAGUUCUGGCUGCUGCUGGCGGGGAAUAUGUGGGUGUCUGUUGGGCUUGUGGGAAUGGCCCUUGCGCCGAUGUUCGUGAUGCUGGUAGUGCUGAGCUUCUUUGGAGGGCUUGGCGGGGGCUUUCAGCACCCACUGGCGUCGAGUAUGGUUUCGCGGGCAUACGACGACAGCGGGCGCUCGACAGCUGUGGGCACGGUUAAUUUCGCCGGGGACCUUGGCAAGAUGAUCGCGCCGCCGAUUGUGGCGGGGUCGAUAGCGAUCAGUAUGGGCUGGCGGCAACUGCUGUGGGUUAUCGGACUGGCGAGCCUCGUAUUCAUGGCGGCGGCGGCGCUGACUCGGCGCGCGGUGGACAUUGGCAGGCCCGUAAGAGACAUGGAAGAGACCGAUGGAGGUAGGUCCAGCAACACGCGGCUGAGCGGGUUCGCAACAUUGAGCGGGAUUGGCGCGCUGGACUCGAUGGCGCGGGUGGGGGCACUGACAUUCCUGCCGUUCGUGCUCAUCUCGAAGGACGUAAGCCAAUCGCAAGCUAUCAGUAUGCUGCUGUUUGUAUUCAUAGGCGGGGCUGCGGGCAAGUUUGUGGUGGGAUGGCUGGGCGACCGCUUUAGCAUUGUGAGUCUGGUGUGGGCGACCAAGGGCCUGACAGCAGUGCUCAUAGUGUUGGCGCUGUAUGCGCCAAUGACGGUGAUGAUCCCGCUGCUGGUGCUGCUGGGGAUCGGGCUGAACGGCACAUCUUCAAUUCUGUACGCGACGGUGGCGGAGUAUGUACCGGCGAACAGGCGUGGCAGAUUCUAUGGGUUUUUCUACACUACGAACGAGAUCGGCACGGUCAUUGCACCGAUCGGGUACGGAUUGAUUGCAGAUACAUACAGCCUGAGCGCGACGAUGCUGAUUAUGGGAGGGGCAACUGCGCUGAUAUUGCCGGUUAGCCUGCUGCUGCUGACGCAUAGGUUCAGUCGGUAG